AUGCCUCCCAGAGUAUGCGGCGCGUCGGUGCCGCUGGCUGGCCUCGAUGCCGCCGCCUCACUCUCCUCGAGGACCGCCGCGCCAUUUGUCCGGACCUUUUCGACGACACCAUGCCGCGAGAAGAUGAGCAAGGGCCGCAUGAUGAUGUUUGAGUGGCUCAACUCGAGCAAUGGCAGGAACCUGGCGGAAUCCAAUGGCUCUCCCAACUACCUCGGUCCUUACCAAGACCAGCCUUUUCCCCUCAACCCUCUCUUCCGAAGUCAGCCUGUGUUGGACGAUCAGACUCGGGAGCUCAUCUACGACAAGGUGGUGCGUCGGGGAGAGUCGCUCAAGGCAGUGUCUGCUGAGAUGCACGUCGACGUGAGGAGAGUUGCUGCCGUGGUGCGGUUGAAGGAGGUGGAGAAGCAAUGGGUGACAGAAGGCAAGGAACUAGCUACUCCCUACGCUAAGGCUGUCAUGAAGAUGCUUCCUAAGACAUCCUUCCGAGAAGGCGAGGAGAACGAGCCUCACGAACCCAUUAACGAGAUCCAUGUCCACAACCUCACCAUGCAACAACUCUUCCAACCCGUUUCCGAAUCCCGACACUUUACCCGAGAAGACGCCGCAAAGGCCUUCCACGACAAGAUGCUCUCUGCUGACAAGCGAUCGCCUCAGCCUGAGCUGAUUGACAUGGAGCGGGAAGUGUUCAAGGGUGCUGACCGUGCGGAGAGCCUGAAGAAGUUCCAGGAGGCCACACAGGCAGAGGAGGACAAGGUUGCCCAGAAGAUCAUGGAGCAGCGCCAGCGUGAGGAGUCGCGGACGAGGAGGGUAAAGACUGACCGGUACGAGUUCCGGUUUAAGGAGAUCAACGUCGACGAUGUUGGACGUGACGGCCGGUCGAGGAGAGGAACCGGCUGGCGGUACGGUGCGCCGCACGAGGACCGCAAGCGUGGAUUGGUCAAGAUUCCCACAUCUGUUCCUUAA